UCCGAGGCAGCAAGCCAGAGCUUUCCUAACUAGUCUUCAAGGUUGCUGCAGUUCAACGCGGUUACGGUGUUCAGUUUUUUCUUUUAGUUUAUAAACAAAAUUCCAGAUGGAAUUCAGUUGCAAUGGAGCACUGAAUGAAAAGGGCGCUGGUGUUAAAACUUUGACGUGUUUCUGAGUUACUCUUUCGUGUGCAAGCUGUGAAUGGUUUGAAAAGUGACAGUGUAUAUGUGAACUGUUUGCGUGUAUUUGUGCUGGGAAAAAUAUGGAUAUUAACUUUGUGAAUAGAAUGAAGAUUCAAAAGGAGGAGAAUUGGUGGUGAGAAGCAAGGCUGCUGUAGGCGACAUCUCCACAGGAACAAAUAGAAGUCGUCUGUAAUGGAAGCCACCAAUGUCGCAAUUCCGAUAAUCUUUCAGGGAGCGUGCGUUGGAGAAACGGCGCGCUACAAAUGUGAUAAGAAGUGAACAUCACUGCGACCCAGCAACACCACAGGGCAGCUUACGACAAUAAUGACACCUUAACAGAAAAUAAAGCCAUUGGCAGACGUAGUUCUCGUGACGAUGUCUCCGCGACGGGAAACAUCUGUCGAGACACCCUGCUGAUAUGAAAGAGAGCAUGUCAGCCCCUGCAACAACACCCUCGGAGCAACCCCCUCCCCCUGCACCCCCGCUUGAAAUCACUGCCUCAAUUAUCACAACCAGCAGCCAGGAUAUUAUCUCAUCCGAGUCAGUGGUUCAGAGUUCCCAUAAGUUGGACGAUGGUGAUGAUGGAUCUCCAAUGCCCCCAGCACUGCCCCCAAGGCCCCCGCCUCGACCAAGACAAUCACAGGGACGAGCGGCAGGGGCUGCGGCCCUCGCUCAACUUGCAUCAGCUGACCAACUGGAGGAAUUAGCCCCUGGACUGCAACAGCAGAUUAGAGCUAGAGUGUUGCGGCGGUCCUGCUGGCUCCGGAAAUAUGUUUUUCUGUGUACUGCGUGUGGCGGCCUGGCGGUGCUGUUAGGGGCUCUGUUUCUCACUGUGUACUUCAUGCUGCGUUCCUACACUUCUUCGUUGAACUACUUCGAGACGGUGCCCACCUAUGUUCCUGCUGCUAUGCUGAUAGUGACGGGUCUGAUUGUGAUGUGUUUGGCUGGAAGAAGAAACCGUUAUGGGUACCUGAUCAAAUUGUGUGGUGGAUGCUGUCUAGCCUGUGCAGUGCUUUGUGUGAUUGUCACUAUCUCCACGACAGUUAUCCACAUGAACAGAUUGCAGAUGCUGAGAGAGUGUGUCUACACGAGGAUGACACAAACUUGCACUUGUUACCCUGUACCAAUCGAUACCACACCAACGGCAAGAGCUACUUCAGACAUUGUCCAUUAUGUAUUCAACUCGACUCCAGACUGUGAGGUGAUUCAUGGUGCCCUUUACUCUUGCCUUCGUGCUAUGUUUGGUCUGUCAGUCAUUGGAAUUCUUGUCUGUAUUUUCUCCUGUAUGCUGAUAUACCAGCUGCUAAGACAUGAGAAGAAGAAAAUGUAUUGGGAACAGCUGGAGAUGAGAUGCCGAUACCUGUAUCGUCAGCAACGAAAUCCACAUCACUGCACUUGUUGUGAUGACUGCCGAUAUCCUCCUCCACAUCAGCUCUUUCCCUGGGAAGUCAUGGAUGACAGAUACUGGAUGCCUGGCAGAGUUGGUAACUUGUACUCUCCAAAUCCUGGGGAGGAUACUGGUGCUGUGAACAUGGGGGCACAGAGGUUACGAGGCCAGGAACGUUCAACAUCAGGAUGGAGCUGGCGGAGACUGCCAUGGUCACGGGGACCUAGCACUAAUACUGGACCAAAUUCUGACCACUCUCAUAGAGAGGUGCCAGGAAGUGGUGUACAGAAUUAUCGGCAUGCAACCAGCAGUCCUGACAGCCAAUAUGGAUUCAGCAGCCAUCCAGCACCUGUAGAAGGUACUUCCCCACCUGUUUCUGCUAUUGUGGACAGCAAUCCUAACUCAUACAACAGAGAUUCUCAUGCAGGCCCAGUUAUGUCUCAGCCACCAGGUGGCUUUACUGGACCAAGAUCUUUGGGGCCAUUUGUAACUGAAGGAAGUGUGAAGGCCAUUCAGCAGCCACAGGGCUAUGCCCAGCAAUACUACAUGUGGGGUCCACCUCCUCCAUAUUCCAACCCUCAUUCUGGGAGCAAUUCACAAUGUAAUAGUCCUGCUAGACGGGAACCUAUUCUGAACUUACUUCAGGGACAUCCAGGACCAAUGGGCAAUGCUGUAACUGGAAGUCCAUCUCGGUUACAUUACCAACAUCACCAUCAUUUACACCAUCAUCACCAUCAUUGUCAAAUGAAUCAGCAAGGCUCUAAUAGGGGUGUUCCAGUGGCUGCAGAGGAUCAAAGUGUGAUGUCAGGACAAGGUGGUCUAGUGAAGAACUUACAAAGGUACCGUGGGGGUGUGAGGAGACUGCAGGAUCAGAGAAGGUUUGAUGAAUUAUCAUCUUCAUCGGGCGAUGGUAUUAUCAAUGUCAGUGAUGGUGAUAAAAGUGUGAUAGUUGAGAACUAUGUGAAUACAAGUGAAGCUGAAAUGGGAACAUCAGGUGAUGUUACAACAAGUGAAAACAAUACAGAUUCUUCUAUUAGCAAAGACAGAAUUAGUAACACAUUACCAGCAAGGAAGACUAAGAAGCGCAUUGAUAUAUCUUCAGUAAAAUCUGUAGCAAAUAUUCCUUUUUCUUCAGAACAUCAACUUGGAAGUCAGAAAUCAUCACCAAGUCAUUUUAGUAGUGGAAAUAAUGUAAAUACUAAUAGUGGUAAUGGUAGUGGUAAUGGUGGAAAUAGUGGUGCUGGAAAUGGUGGUGGGGGUUUUACUAGGACAAAUGUUCAAGUUUUAUUUGGGCAGCAAAUUUCAGACCAUUAUCAUGGUUGUAGCCAUGAUGAUGAGUUGUCAGCAGAAGAAAUACAGUUGGUAGCAGAGAAGUAUCCUCAUUCACUGCCGUCAAGUUCAGCAAUAGUGAGGGGAAAAGAUGGGACAGUUAGUGGUGCUCCAGCUGGCAGCAUGUCCCCUAGUAUGAGGUACAUGUCACAACUUCAAGGUGUAUCGAAUGCAGCCUUUCAAGGACAAGAAGCCCUCGAGCUUCAGGAACAGCAGGGGCAGAUUCCAUGUAGCAAAAAUGAACCAACAGAAUCUGAAGUUUAUUUUGCAGAUGUAUCCUCUUGCUGUAAUGUUUCAGUAAGAAAUGAUGGAUCGCUGUAUGAUGAGGCUCUUGACCCACAAAAGCACAGACUGAUGAUGUUAAAUCAGGGAGAAGAGCUAGGCAUUCCAGCAUCUGGUGGGCAUUUGCAGAGAUUACCAGAAUCUUACCAGAUGCAUCAUCAUCACAGACGACUCCUUCAGGCAGAACUUACACAUCCUUCAGGAAGCCGUCAUCAAUUCCAAAGACAUCCUCUGCAGGAAGGUGUAAUCAUGACAGAUAAAGGCCAUCAGAAUCACUGUAGACUGAAAUCGGAAGGUAGUGCAUUAACGAUAGGUUGUGAGGAACAGGAGCUUACUAGUAAUUGUUUUAGCUAUCAGAGACAAUCAUCAACCCGAAACCGUUUACCAUUUCCUUUACCACACCAUCGUCUAUCAGAGCAAGAUUCUUCAAUAGUUGAAGAAGAUUUGCAGGAAGGUAUAGGAUGUAAAAAUGUAGUAACUAGUAAUAGGGAAUUUAUAGAUGCUGAAAGCAUGAGAAAAUUGUGUGUGUCAAAUAAUGGAAGAUCUGAUAUUCCAAAAGAUCUUUCACAGCAAAGUUUAUCUAUGUCAAGCAACAGCAGUGCCACACCAACAGCAGAGAAUAAUGAUGUAGCUUUUGUGUCACCCAUGUCAGUUUCUACUUCUUCACCUGGUAGUUUCCCAACAGAAGAACUUGAGAAUUGUGGAAGUUACUAUGACAAUCAUAACAAUUCAUCAGAAGUUGGUAGUUCUUCAGAAUCUACAUCUGCAGUAUGUAGCCCAAUGAGUUCAUCAGGAAAUGAUGUGUUUGGAUCACCUUCUCAUGGUUACCCAUCCCCUCAAAAGAUACCUUAUGAUCAGGGUUCUGCCAUUCAACAGGCAAGUAGGUUGCAUCAUAUGCAGCAGAGAAAUAAUAUUAACUACCAUGAAGCAUCAACUACAGACUUUGUUCAGCUUCAUGGUGUAGAGCAGCAUUUUCUUGCACCAGAUGCACAGUACGAGACAAUACCUCAGCAGCAACCACAAAAUAUUGUACAAAAUCCCCAGGCUUACCAGCGUCACAUACAUCAACAAAAUUUUCCUCCAAUACAGCGGGAAGACUUCAAUGGGAACACACCCACAAACAGUCCAGGAAAAACUAGCCUCUCCUCUACUCGACAAGGAGGUAUGAUAGCUCCAUCAGCAGCACUGAGCACUGGAGGAAAUGUCACUUCUCCAGCAAGACGACGACUGAACCUCCCACUGCAUGUAACAUCUGCUGUCAGUGGGAAUGCGAACGUUAUUAGCACUUCAAACAAUAACAGCAUUGUUGAAAGCCUUUAUCACACUGCAACAAGCACUGAGGGGGAGGAGUCAGAAUCACAUCAGCCACAGUCAUCAUCUAACUGUUACAGUGAUGCAACAAUGGAUUCUGGUUGCCAUAGCGGUUCUGAGUUUGCAACAAGGCGGCGAGGUGGUAGUUCUAGGACUUCAGGACGAGGAGGGACCAAUAAGGAACAUUCCAGGGCACUGGGAACAAGGACUGAUGAAAAUGAACACGAGGAGGAAGUGACAGUGGCUACCAUGAGAUCUGUUAAUGUGUGAGCAGCAUGUGACCAACCUUUAUUGCUUUCAUAUGUCCAAUCCUUGGAAAGAUUGGUCAGUUUAUCAGUUUUAUUAUUAAAAUAUAUUGUAUAAAUGGAUUGAUCCAGUCAUUAUCCCUUUUAAACCCUCUUAUGUUUGUGAUAAGAUUGUUAGAUGUGCAUCUUUUUAUUAGAAUAAGCAUUCAGUUACACAUAAUAGGAUGCCCACCAACUUGUUCCCAUAUUGUGUAUGUAAAGUGAUAUUGUAAAAAUGGUAUAUAAUACUUAGUUUCCUUGUGGUGCAAAGCAGGGACUUUAACUGAACUGAUAUGAAAUUAAAAGAAACCUGUUUUUAUUUUUAUUUCCUCUGUCCUUCCCACACCAACUCACUGUUUCAAAACUGAAUAUAUGUUUCUGUCUGUCAGAGUCUGUACAAAUACUGUAACUUGUUCAAGGGUAAUAUCUGAUGAUAAGAAAGAAUAGGCAAAAUAUUUACCAGAGCAAGAGGUUAUACAUAACAUGUUCAAAGAGUAAUACUGGAUAUUUAAUUAAUUUUUUUUUUUUAAUUUUGUGGGUGGGAUGAGACCAAGUCCAUAGGCACUGCAGCCUGCAUUGGGCCUAGCCUUCUGGCUCCUGAUGGUAAUAGAUGUAUGGAGCAUUGAUGGAAAGACGAUUGUCAAGAGAAUUCAAGUGCUUGAAAAAGAGGCCAUCACAUGGACCACAAUGGGAUUGGACCCAGGCCUCUGCAUCCAGGGGCCAGCAUCUGACCACUUGAGAUAUGGCAUAACCUCUUUAAUUGGCACUAAAAUUAUCCAGUUAAUGAAAGGGCAGAGCCAGGUAUUUUCUUCCAACUGUGAAGUUUUAAAACUGUAUGGGUAUAAUACCACUGAGAAAAGUUGUCAAACGUCUGGAAUUAAAACUAAUGAUGUGCUUGACAAUAUUUUAAAUCGAUCUGUACUGAUUUAAAGCUUACUUAAGAUCGUUACUGCUGAGUAGGGUAAGCCACAUCCUUUUUCCCAUCUCUUCUGAAUCAAAAGCUCAGUCUGAAUAGCUAUAAAAGCCAUCACAUCCAGAAAUAUUGUUUGUUACCGAAGUCCAAUUUGCUUCCUUCACCAAACUAGGUUAUUUUUAUAUUGAUAUAAGGAAUGGAUUGCUUUACUGCUGCCUACAACUUUUGUAUGAAAACUUUUUGACUUUUACGUUAGAAUGAUUUGUAUAAGUUUGAAGAUAGAGUGGAAUGUAAGGUGGUAGUUCAAAUAUUCUGAUGGAGGCCAAGACUGAAUAAACUAAGAAUGAAAUUGUUUGAGCAGUUUUACUAUUGGUCACCACUAUUAAAUAUGUUGAAAAUCCAGUUAGAUUGAGGCAACAGUAUCUUGGGUACGGUUGUACAUAUUGGCAGACGCUAAUUAGUACUCUGUUUUCUAUUUUAAAUGACCAUAAAAGUUAAAUCCGAGCACCCAGACCUGGCAUGUUCACUGACCCCUACUCCUCAAUAAAAUCCUGGGUUGAAUGUGAGAGAUUAUGAGAUUAAGAAUACUGCACUCAGUGUGUUACAGAUAUUCAAGCAAAGGAACCCUGAAGAAAUGCUGGAAAUAUGAAACAUAUGUAUUUUUUAAGAAUAUAACUUUCCAAAAUAUGUAUACUAAAGACAAUAAUUUUGAAGUGGGUAGUAUACUUUGAAAGAGUCACUCUGAUAUUUAUUUUUCUGACUAUUGAGCUUAUAGAAAUACAGAAAGCUCCAUUCAGACAUCACUGUAUUUUUGCAUAAAAGCAGCUGCUAACUAACUGAAGUGGCAAGGCCAUGCCAUAGCUCAAGCGGUUAGUUGCUGGCUUCCCAAAGUCAUGGCCCGGGUCUGAUCAAGUGGGAUUUG